UCUCCCUUUUUUUUCGUUCUUUCCAGGUAUGAGAAAUGAGUGUUGGACGCAGAAGAUUAAAGCUGCUGGGAAUUCUGAUGAUGGUAAACAUUUUCAUUUAUGUGAUUGUGGAAGUUUCCAAAAGCGGCAGCCAAGAGAAGAAUGCAAAAGGACGAGUUAUUAUCCCACACAGCAGGUUCUGGAAGAAGUAUACUCCUCACAAAGCCUAUUGGAAUAAGCAGCAGCAGAAGCUCGAGCUGCUCUACAACCCUAUCUUGGCCCUGCUUUCCAACAUGACCGUGGAAGAGAAUUUAAUUGCUAAUUCCAGUGUUCUCAGCUCCUGUGAGCCCGACCCGUGGGUGACGUCGGAGGUUAGUGACUUUGCCAACCUACCAGAAAGAUUUAAAGACUUCCUGCUUUAUCUGAGGUGCAGAAAUUACUCCUUGCUGAUGGAUCAGCCAAACAAGUGCAAGCACAAACCCUUCCUGCUGCUGGCUAUCAAGUCCCUGACUCCGCACUUCGACAGGAGGCAGGCGAUCCGGGAGUCGUGGGGCAGGGAAAUCCAGGCCGGGGACGUCACAGUCCGAAGGGUCUUCUUGCUUGGCCAGACCCCCCCGGAGGAUAAUUUUCCUGAUCUUUCAGACAUGAUCAGAUUUGAGAGUCAGACCCACCAGGACAUUCUCCUCUGGAACUACAGAGACACUUUCUUCAAUUUAACCCUUAAGGAGGUGCUCUUCCUCAAGUGGGUCAGCAGCAGCUGCGCGGACGUCCAGUUUAUUUUUAAGGGGGAUGAUGACGUUUUUGUGAAUACCCAUCAGAUCCUGGAUUACUUGAAGAGCUUAUCAAAGGAGAAAGCCAAAGACUUAUUUAUAGGCGAUGUGAUCAAAGAUGCUGGACCUCACAGAGAGAAAAAAUUGAAGUACUACAUCCCGGAAAGUGUUUAUGAAGGUUCCUACCCUCCCUACGCCGGCGGCGGCGGCUUUCUGUACUCUGGGGACUUAGCAUUAAGACUGAAUAAUGCGUCCGACCAGGUGCUGCUGUAUCCCAUCGACGAUGUCUAUACUGGAAUGUGCCUUCAGAAGCUCGGCCUUGCUCCGGAAAAACACAAAGGCUUCAAAACGUUUGACAUUGAGGAGAAAUACAGAAAUAACAUCUGUUCCUACACAAACUUAAUGCUAGUACAUAGCAGAAAACCUCAAGAGAUGAUAAAGAUCUGGACGCGCUUGCAAGAUCCACACUUAAAUUGUUAAAGUAAUGGUGUGUAAGUGUUCUCAGUCCAAAUAAGUUUCCAAGUUCGGGUCUGCCUUGGUGAACCUCUGAAG